AUGAAAAAGAGAAUCGAUAAAACAGAAAGAGAAGUUAUAGAAACCAAGAAACAUAAAUACCUAAGGGACCUGGAGGAUUAUAAAACAGGGAAUGUAAGAAGUAACAAUCGAAAAUUGGCCAAUUGGAAAAAACCUAACCAACAUAAUAGAGGGAGGACACUUAGUUAUCAAAGAAAACAGAGAAGAGGACGAUCUCCUAGUCAAUGGAGACAUCAUCAGACCAAUGCCUAUAGAUAUAGAGGUGCAGAGGAUAGAGGUUCACAGAGGUACCAAUACCAAACAAGCAAUAAUCAUAAAUAUUAUCCACAUAGGGAAAUCGGUGGAAGGAGAAACCAUAUAUCGAACCAAAGACCCUAUACAACUAAAGAGGAUCAAAAGCAAGAAAGUAGAGUUGAAAAUUACCAUGUUGCGACUUCUACACAUAAGCCUAAUUUAAUCAGACAAGAAGGAAGAAAGGAGAAUAACAUUAGAAGUUAUAGUAGAGUAGUUGCAAGUCCAUUGAGAAAUGUGCAGAAUAGGAAUCUCCCACAGAAUAAAAAUGGGUUCCGCAUGGAUAGACGCAAACCGUCUAUAGAUAGAGAUCAUAGCACAUCAACUUAUAAUCGCUUUCAGAUAUUGGAACAUAGGAAUACCUCUCCCAUUUCUUCUCCUUUUCACAAAAGUCCAACCAAAUCCAGAUGCAAACAACUUCAAGAGUCACGGAAAUGGGACUCUCCGGGCAAAAGGAGAAGAUCAUGGGAAGAAGGAGAGUUAGAAGACGAAAGAAACUACAACAGAGAGAAACGAGGACGGAUAUAG